ACACAACUGCGAACACUAGUCUAGGUACAGCGCGGUUACACAGCCAGGGAGUGCCAUACUCGGAACAAUUUCACUUGUCAUUCAGAGUUUUCUCUGCAUCUUCAAGGAUAGCGAGCAUAUCCGUGCUUGGAUGUCUCUUCCGUAUCAGUUCGUCGAGUUGUAGGUCUUCGCAAGGUGUCCUGCUUUUAUGCACUUACUUUUCAUUCAGUAACCUGUUAGUAACUAUGUAUCAGUAUUACAACGUGACAAAGUCGUUACAGUGUUGUGAUCUGUAGAACGGUCGUGAGCAACAUUGUUGCAUUUCAAGGGAAAUCCUGUCUUUUGCACAUUGAUGUGUAACAACAACUCUUUUUGGACGUCUUCAGUACUUGCACUUAGAACGUUUCUGUUCUUACUUUCUUGACCCAUUGCAGAACAUGGAAUCAACUAAACUCGGAGGCGGCGUUAUAGCCUACAUUCGCUCGUCUGGCUCUUCGCCCGAGGCCUGCCUGAGUGACAGCUCCAGCGGCAGUACUACUAGUAGUAGUAUCACCAUGAGCAGUAGCCCGGCGAGCCCCCCUAACCUCUCCACCCUGCCCUCCGCCCCGGCCCCUGCCAAGAGGGGGUCCGCCAAGCAUGCCCAGGCUGGAGCUAACCCCUCUUCUGGGGCCCACCCAUCCACCGCCAAGAGCGGCAUCACCAAGCUGAAUGGUAUGGUUUUACUAUGCAAAGUCUGCGGUGAUGUGGCCUCCGGAUUUCACUAUGGCGUGCACGCCUGCGAAGGCUGCAAGGGCUUCUUCAGAAGAAGCAUCCAGCAGAACAUCCAGUACAAGAAGUGUCUGAAGACCGAGAGCUGCACCAUCGUGCGCAUCAACCGCAACCGCUGCCAACAGUGCCGCUUCAAGAAGUGUUUAUCCGUGGGCAUGUCCAGAGACGCUGUGCGAUUCGGCCGCAUCCCCAAGCGAGAGAAGCAGCGCAUGCUGCUGGAGAUGCAGAACGCCAUGAACAACAUGAUGACCAACAGCCAGCUGCACCACAUGCUGCAUGGCACCACCGCCACUGGCACCGGCACCACCACUGAGCCCAUCGCCAUUCCCGGCAUCGCCAGGACCUCCAUCUCAAUCUCCCCCUCCUCCCCAUCAUCAUCAUCAUCCUCCUCCUCCGCCGGCUCCUCUUCCUCUUCUACCUCCUCUGCCAUGUCUUCCUCCUCCUCGGCCCCCUCAUCGCCUCAGAGCGUGUCGGCCGACUCCGAGUCCAACGCGCCCAUGGACACCUCCAUGAGCUCGGCCUCGUCGUGCGCGUCUGAUAGCGGGGAGGAAGACGGCGGGAACAGCAGCAGUAGCAGCACCAGCGGUGGCAGCAAAAGCUCUAAAGCUCAGGAGAACAUGUUCAUGUUCGAGCAGGAAGUGGCUGCCCCCUCGCCCGUCACCUCCGCCCGAAGCUCCCCCUCGCUGGGCCUGGCCGAGCAGUUCAGCCAGAACAGCAUGGAGGAACGCACCACUGAGUACAGGAGUCACAACGACCGCAACAAUAUCGCUCCUCCUCACCAGAGCUACCAGCAGCAGCAGCACCAUCCGGCAGCUCCUACCAUCUACAAGCAGCUACCUCAGAGCUGGGCCUACAGGGAAGAAGGCAGCAGCAGCAGGAGCAGCUACAGCCCUGUACAGCAGCAGCAACUCAGCAGCGCCCCUAGUGGCACUUAUUCAGCUUACACCCAGAGCUCUUACCGCUACGGCCACAAUGUGAACGAGCAAGCGGCCGCAGGACCGGCCAACCAAGGGCAUCUGGUAUGCCCCAUGAAUACUUCCCCCGUGGUGGACCCCAGCCUGUCCAGUCACGAAAUCUGGGAGGAAUUUUCCAUGAGCUUCACCCCCGCCGUGAGGGAGGUGGUGGAAUUUGCCAAGAGAAUCCCGGGAUUCCAGGAGCUCUCGCAGCACGACCAAGUCAGCCUCUUGAAGGCAGGCACCUUUGAGGUGCUGAUGGUGCACUUCGCCAAGCUGUUCGACAUACGGGAGCGCACAGUGACCUUCCUGAGCGGCAGGAAGUACAGCCUGGAGGCGCUGAGGUCCAUCGGUGCCGGGGAGCUGCUCAACUCCAUGUUUGAGUUCAGCGAGAAGCUGCUGGCGCUGCAGCUCACCCGGGAGGAGAUGGAACUCUUCACCGCUGUGGUGCUCGUGUCUGCCGAUCGGUCGGGUAUUGAGAACUUGAACUCUGUGGAGGUGUUGCAGGAGGACUUGAUCCGUGCGCUGGGCUCACUGAUCAUGAAGAACCAUGCCAACGACCACGCCAUCUUCACGAAGCUGCUCCUCAAGCUUCCCGACCUGCGCUCGCUCAACAACCUGCACUCUGAAGCACUCUUGGCCUUCAAGGUCCAUCCCUGAAUCUAGGAGGCGUCGUCUUGUCAAACGACCAUCUUUGGGGAUUUUUUAAAGUCACUGUAGAAUGUAUGUAAAUUCAAAAAAAAUCUUAAAGCUAGUCAAGGAGUGAUGGACGAUUUUUUUUAAAGACUGCCAUUAUUUGUACAUGCACGUAUUUGUGUGAAACCUUUUAAGGAAUUUGUUUUUAAAGGAGGCGUCACACAGAUUGAAAACAAACUUAUGUUUGACGGAUCAUUUCUGUGAUCUAAAAAAAAAAAAAAAAAGAACCACUGGAUUACUUAAGUGGGUCUUUAUGCACUUGCGACUUCUCAAGUGUAUGAAUCAUAACCAUAAGGUAUACCUAAUGUAUAUGCUUAUGCCUACUGAUCUUCCUUGUAGACUCUUGAAAACACUACACCUUAAGAAGAACUAUCAAGGACUUGCAUAAGAUUCAGUUGUGGCAAAUGCAUGGCUAUCUAUGUAAGAACCUUGGUGUCAGUUGGUCCUUUCUAAAACAGGGGGAUGAUUUCUUUUAUAAAAAGAUAAUAUUUAAAAAGUUCACUUGAGAGUCUUCAUGAUGAUUAUAAUUUGUAGUUUUGUUGGAGAGAAUGUAUGGCUACUUCAGUGUUAGCUAGCAGUCAGAAUGCACAUACACACACCAACACCGUUUUACCUUGCUCCUGUUUGCCUGUUAUGUUUGUAGUUGUCCUACUUUGUUUUUGCACACAUUUUGCUACGUGGAUCAAAAGGCCGCAAGCUGAAAAACCUUAUCAAAGAGACUCUUUUUCCUUGGACCUUUCUAUGGGACCAUCAUUGGAACAUGUUAGCAAGAUUGUCUGGGUCUACAACCAUAAUUCCCUCGAAGAACAUAGGAAGAGUAUGUAGUUCAGUAGGAGAACUAUAUUUGAGUGUUUGUUACCGCCAUUGCAAUACAGAACCAAUUUAUAUAUCUCUGUAUGUCAAACUUUGUACUUCCAUUAUCCCAAAUCUUACCAGGAAAUCGGGUACAGCCUUGUACCUUGCACAGAGGAAAGGGAAACGAGCAAUGCAAGUCAACGUUUACCAAGUUGUAUGCAGAUGGCCUUAAAUGGCCUCAUGUCUUAUGGUUGACAUGGGGUGUGCUACUUUCUGUUUUCUUGUUGCUUAUUGUUUGAUUAUUUUUAUUUCCUGUAAACAGAGCAGUUAAGACAUUUUUAAAGACCCCUUUUAACCAGGGGGUCGCAGUGCUUUUGGUGUCUGCUGUUCAAGAAUCAAAUCCUAUGCAGAGGAAACAGCUGGCGUAUGAUUGAUUGGCAGAUGAUGUAUAUCGACUCUGAUCUGCUCAACUUAUGUCCGUAUGUUUUGUUUUUUGUUCUGGUUUUCUUUGUAAAUGAGUCCAGUAUGUAUAGUUGUGUAUAUCUAUUGCAGAUGUAUCUAUUAUAAAUAGUAUAUCAAUAAAUAUAUACAUAGUAUGUAACAUGGUGUGAGUUUGUUUGUUUAAUCAUGCAAGUUCAUUCUUAACUACUCAGACACAUUCUAGAUUUAGUUCACUGUAUAUACCCUACAAAGGCAAAGCACAGAGACACCUUGGUGGAACUGACAAAUUGGGCCUUUAACCCAUUGUGUCCUGGAGCGACAUGCGCUGCAUUGAAGUUCUUGAGAUUUUAGCUGUUUUAUUAAAAAUAUGAUAUGUUAGAGCUGAAUGACCGCAUUCUAGUGCAAAAUGAAGGUUCAAGCUUUUAAAUCCAACUUAUUUCAUGUUUUGAUGUGCUUCGGAGGCCGAGAUAUUUAGGUUUUAAUAGGGAGAGGGCAUCUUUUCCCAAAAAGGGUUUAGGCUAAAAUGGGUUAAAAGUGUUGAGUUACACAGAGGCAAGAUUAUUUUGAUCUACUCUGAGAUACAACUAAAUGUACACUUAUUAUUUUCAUUUUGUAUUGAAGUGAUUAAAUCAGACUAUUUGUAAGCAUACAGCUUUUGACUGUAUGCCAAAGUAAAAACAAACAAACAAAAAAACCCUAUUACUAACAGAAUACAUUUCACACACACAAAUGGUAGUUCACACAAAU